AUAAAAAGAUGUCCACAUGGUGAAAGGGGUAGAGUGCAGAAAAUAGUGCAAAACCGUUUGAUCAAAAUGAGAGAAACUAUAUACGAUAUGGGAAAGCUAAAAACUCAAAGUCUUGCCAACAAAAACAAUGGCAUGUUGAAGCUUAAAGUGGUGGUAGAGAAGCUGCAAAAGAGACUUUCGGAAGCCAAGAAAUGGGCUCCAAGAAACACGAACCUCGGAACAGUGCCUGUGAAAAAAGGACAUUUUGCUGUGAUUGCAGUAGAUGACUAUGAAGAAAAGAAAUUCGUUGUACCUUUAGCACAUCUUGAGCGCCCAUCGUUCCAAAAGUUGUUGGAGAGAGCAGCCGAGGAGUAUGGGUUCAACCACGAGGGUGCACUUAUGGUGCCGUGUAGACCAAGUGAGUUCGAGUGGAUUUUGGAUGGAUCAGGAGAUGAUGUUGGCCGGAGUUCGAGUAAAGCGAUGGUGGAAAGUUGUUAGGACCAGAGUAGGUUUUAAUUGGGUUGCAUAAAAUAUUGAUGAAAGACACCCAUUGUUUUUUUUUCCUUCUUCCAAUUUUGGGAAUCCAAUGAUCAAUGUCCAGUUCUUUUGAAACAAAGUUUAAAGGAUCGUUCGGUGGUCUAAUUGAUAUGUUUUGUAUGACAAAUAAGUUUCUUUAUGUAAGAACGUUUUGCUCAAAACUCAAUUUAGUGAUCGUAUUCUGAGGCCGACGAUGAAAGAUUCAUUGAGACCGCCGCCUAUAGUUUAAACUCUAAUCCCUAGCCAUCCGACAAAACUACAUGGGCACAAAAACGGCCUUUUUCAGGCAGAUGUCACCGACAAAAAUGUACCCGAUAGUUGGUCU